AUGAAACAAAUUUUGAUGAAUACAAGGCUCCUUAAUGAUAUAAAAAAGUUGUCUAGUGAGGACCAAACAAGUUGCUUGGAGGGUUUUCACUCUACGUUGAAUCAGUUCCAUCCUAAGAUGAUAUGUUUCUCACGGCUUGGCACAUACAGCAGGUGGGGUGAGGAAAUUGUUUUAUUGGACGUCAGAGGUGGAUGUCGUCUACCAACACUAGAGAAUUUUUACAAGAGGAAUCUUUUCUAACUAUACCCCCUUAAUAAUUGCUCCAAACAUUUGGUCCAAAACAAAAACUAAAUCAUUAGCUUAGGUGAAAGUGGCUGACAAUUCAGUUAAAUCAAACCUUUAUUGGUGUGCUUUUGCUUUAGGCACAUCUUAGCCAGUCUGCAUUUCAAUGAGAAUUUGUUGAGGGAACCGCAAAAGACAAAAGACGGAAAGGAGUACCUUUUAGUGACAUACCCUAAAUACAAGUUUGGAGAAGUUGUGCAAGAAAUCAGAGUCCCUCCUACAUACAGUAAGUAUGGUUAUUUUUUCAGAACUUUCAGUGUAGCCACAGUGGUGGUUCCCAACCAUGAUUUAUGGAAGAUGAAUGGCUCUUAAAGGGUCCUACCAAUAGUUCAAGGAAAAUAAAGCAGGGGUGGGUGUCUGGCUGCUACACAGAAAAACCUAGCAGAAAAAUUACGGGGAAAUGGUGGAGGACUGAAAACCCAGUUUACCACUUCUGUAGGCAUUGAGCGCUUUCCUAACAGUGCCCCCUCUUUGAAGUGGGAGAACUGGUGUUCAGCAUGCGCCUGGCUGAGAGGAAUGUUAUCCUCUUGAAGUACAAAACAAAAACCCCAGCACCUUUGAACUCACAGUUCACAGAGAGACGAAGUAGAGCAGAGGCAAUGGAAAACUACAAUAAGAGAAAAUGGAAAGAAACAGCGGCAUACCCUUCAGGUGAGGUUAUGUGAUUAAUUACUAGAAAAGCCCAUACUUGCAAGUAUUUAUAACAAAGAUACGUUCUGAUUGUGUCCAUUACACUAUGGUCACUAUAAUCCACUCAUGUUUCUUGAAUAAGGUUUGUAAGGCCAGCUUUUAUAAUAAACUGUAUGUAACUAAUGGUUUUACUAUCUGUCAUUACCUUUAUUAUAAUAAAUACAUACUCCUUCUGCCCACAACAAUUCCACAAGAUGUGUGUGUGCUCUCUCUAUAUAUACUUUCAAUGAAUGGUUUUGCUUGCAGUUGAAGUUCAAGGUGGACUUCAGUCAUCAUGCUCUAGUGCUGACCAGCAGCCUGCCAGGAAGAAGCGAAAGGCUCCAGUGUGUAGAAAGUGCAAGAAGCCGAUGAAAAACCACUCCAGAGUUGGCUGGGCUGGUGCCAGUAACACUUAA